AGUGAUUUAUCGCGAAUACUUGUUUAGCAUGUAUUUACAGCUUUACGUUGGUAGUGCGUUUAUGCACGUUGCCAGUUGCAACAAAACACCUGCCAUAUUGUGAAAGGCAGGACGUAGCAUUGAUGACCUUGGUGUUAGUAAUGAACUUCGUCGAGGCUGUAAGCACUUUCUAAAAGGAAGUGUUUGUUAAGUCUGCGUUAUUCAUUAAAUUGUCGAUUUGCUUUAUUUCAAACAUUGUUGUCAUUUUGGAGAAAUAUCGUAGGUCAUGUUUUAGUUGUAAAAUCUAGCUUUUUUUAUGACAGAACACGUAAUGCUACGUAUUUAACAUUGGCACUUGAAAUUGAUGGAUAGUAAAAUGCAACUUCCGUGCUUGAGAAAAUAUUUACUUUUUGAGGACACAGUGCCGUAGACGAUGUACGUCUCCUUGCCAUAAUAUAACCUUGCUAGUGUUGCGAACUUGUGGUUUUCAAUAAACAUUUGUAAUGAAAUAUAACAGAAGAAUAAGGAUGUUGGCUCAGUGCAGUAGCCAAUUAAAUAAUCAAAUUCAUUAUUUCGUAACAGUUAAACUAAUGACAACAUGUAUCCUGAUUUUUUUCGCUUUACUAUCAAUUUUUUUUUAUUUCAUACGACUUUUUACGGCCUGUGUAUAUAUAUAUUUUUUGUAUUUCCAUUUUAUCUCCCUAAAAAGAUUUAAGUUCGUAGAGUUUCUGCGAGCCUCGUAUCCCCUGCCAACGCGAAAUCAAAACAUUCUAAUGUCACUUAUUGGGUGUAUCAACAGGAACUUUCCUGAUUAAACGUUCAGCACUGUUUGUUAAGCACGUAAUAUUUCCAUUAUGGUUCAUAAAAAGUCAACAUAUCGUUUAAUGUACAAGAAUUAUGGGGCAGAAGUAAGAAGAGAGGUUUGGCAGGAAAAUAACAGCCUUCGGUUACGACGUCGCGAAGAGGAAAUGUCACAUCACUCAAUUGAAGAAACUGAAUCAGAAUGUGAAUGUGAUGCUAGUGAUGAAGAAGAACCAAAGAAUGAGAAGGAUGCCAGAGGCGUAAGCUCAUCUGCUGUGAAAGGCAUACUGAGUAAAUCCAUAGGGCAGGAAAAUGGCCUGUCACAUGCAGAAGGGACGACAAAGGUAGUUCCUCCCCAUGUGCCUCGACUCCAAUUUUCACCGGAGCAUACACCUAGAAAUGUACAUCGACAGACAUCUGAGGAAACUGCUAAUACUAAUGCUGAUGCUACUACACUGCAUAGUCAUUACAACAACCAAGAUAGCUGUGAUGACUUGAAUGGAAAAGAAGAACACCAAGAUGUCACUCCUCAGUCAAGGAGAAAUGUUCAGAGUGGGAAGGAACAGUUGGGGGUCUUGCGAAUGGGGUCAAGGGAAUAUGAUCUCCUCCCAGUUGCCCGAGAUGAAGAAGAUGUGAGGCCCAAAUCAGCCCCAUCAGCAAAAUCUGGAAUGAGUCGAAGUUCUAGAUACCCAUAUACAACGCAGCUAACAAGGACAACAAGAAAGAACUUUCUUGAGCGCAACAAGAAUACCUAUGUUCCUUCUGGAACUGGAUGCAAAGUAAGGAGAAUAGGAGACAAAACAUCAUAUAACGUCCGUCUUAAUAAGGAUCAGGUACAGCACACUGCUCUAAGGGCUUCUAGUUUACGAAACCGAGAGAUUGAAAAUUUAAUGAGGAAACAGCAGAAGUUGACCCUGGAUGAUUGGCGAGAGCAGAACAAUGUAGUAGAACCUGUAAACCAUUCAAGUGUUUUUGCAGAUGGUAGCAAAAAUAUCUUCAAGUCUAAGUCAAGGCCGAGAGAAAAUCUUAUUCAUGUACCAAGUAGAGUUGAAGUCUUCUCAAAUUACUGUAAACAUUGUGGAGGAAGAAAGUAACCAUAGUACAGCAUAAGUGAUUUUACUCGUAGCAAUUUUUAAUUCAGGGUAAAUAGUAGAAGGUAUAUAUUGCGGUCAGCUUUCUUGCAUGUGUGACUACUUCAGCAAUAUUAUAUUUUUAGUAAAAGAGUAAGAUUGAACUAAGUUUAUGAAGACUACAGAAUCAUAUCAAGUUAAUUGUUCUCUUGCAAACUUGAUAAUGUAUCUCUAUAUAGAAACACAUUGAGAUUAUCUUUGAUAUAAUAUAAUAUAAAAAUCUAAUUAUCACAUCUUAUCCAACAAUGUUUAAUUUAUGUUAUACAUUUAUUAGGGUGUUUUUAGGAUGACUCAUAUGAUCUUUGGUAUUUCAUGAUAUAUGAAAUAUGAAAAGCAGUUCAUAUUUUUGGCAGCUAUUUUUAUCAUCAUUCCUUUUUUUAAAUAUUUAAGUAGAAACUCAUAAGGAACUUAAAAAAAAAAAAAAAAAAAAAUCAAUAACAAACAGGCACACAUAGAUUAACUAAUGAGCAGUUCCUGAUAUACUUUCAAUGGGAGCUGAAAUAAUGAAAAAGGCAUUUUAAAAUAUUCAGUAGAACAUUGAUGUAGAUUGCAAUGAAACAGCAGGGUUGAUGUGUUUAGCUAACUUACAGAUGAUUUAAUAGCAACAAUAAAGGAUGUUGGAACACUUAACAGUGCACAUCAGCCUUUAGUUCCUGAUACGUAUCUCUUAGUUUUGGGUUUGGGUUUCCGACAUUUUCCUAUUCCAAAGUUUUUAAUUGGCACAAAUAUAUUAUAUGACCUUGGAACAUGCUCAAAAUGUAUACUUACUCAACUACUAGUGUCUGCAAGAGUUUUAUGUUACUGUCUGAAAUGUAUAACAUGUUGGAAUAUGUACAGUAAUUGGAUGUCAGUCCUUACCUGAAUUAUAUUUCAUCGUACAUCUGGCAGUGGGUAAGAUGUAAAACAGGAAAAAGUUUGCUGAGCACAAUAUUCGUCUUUGUUUUUUUUGUUAUGUACGAACAGGGAUGAGAUUGAUUUUUUACUUGUAUUUUUGUAUAUUUGUUUUUUGUGCCAUUUUGAUGUUUCUGUUGAUGCCGUUGAUGUGUAGAAGAUGAACAGAAGUUUGUUAAUUGCUUUAAGAUUGUUUUAUUUUAUGUAUGCUUAUUUAGAUUUUUAACCUGUUGGCACCUGGACCAUACACGGUCUAAUGUGGUUUUGUUUUAUUUAUUUUAUUUACAAAAGGAUGGCUUUAUAAUCACUUAGGUUUUAGGCUUGCCAGAACUUAUGUUUAUCUCAGUCAUUGUAUUUUUCGGGAGAAAAGAAACAAAAUUGCUAUUGCUGUUGCUUUUAUUAAUGCUAUUAUUAUAAUGAUUAUUCUUAUGUUAUUAACCAUAGUAAAAGUAAUAAAUAUGGAACCUAUCUUUCUAGGUAUGCUAAGUGAUUAACUCCUUAAUAACUAAGCAAUUCUGGAGCUAUCUUUGUAAAUUAAAUAUAUAAAACAAAACCACAGUGGACAGUGCUAUAUACAGACACUCCUGGCAUUACCGGGUUAUCUUUUUUUUGGUUUUCCAGAAUUAAUUUUUCAAGAUCUUUUUUGACCUGGUUUAGUCUUUGUAGAGUUUUUUAUCAUUAAGAAAAAAAUAUUCAUGAUCAGUCUUAUUGAUAUAUGAUGUUUAAAUGUUUUAUGUCAGUUGUAUAUCUCUUUGUGAGGCCUGUGUUUGUUGAAUUUAAAUUGGGAUAGUAACUUAAACCUCGUGGGUCCAAGGGAACAAACAUUAUAGGUAGAUGAUAUGAUGCCAGUGGAAAAUUCUCUUGCGGUUUGCAUUGAUUUUCUUUUCAGCCAUUCAUUUAGAAAUGGUUGAGUUGAAAGUAAACUUAAUGCAUUAUUUUCUGAUAAAGGUGACAAUUGGGUAAACUGGUCUCUAUUUUACGUAGGCAGAACUUCUGCUGUGCUAUAGUACACUUUGUCUAAUGUACAGACGAUGUGUUAUUUUUGUAAAGACGGUAUGCCGUAAUAAUUUUUAUAACUAGGUAGUUUGCUAAGAAAGGUGGUAUGCUAUAUGGAAAGCUAUGCUUACUUUUCAAUUUAUACAUCUUUGGUUACUUUUUAUGGAGAAAGAACUUGGGUUCACUUUCAAUUUCUUGAUUUUAUUUGUAAUUUAUUUUACUUCCUUGUUAUAUUUUUAAACAACUCAGUCAUGCUUCACUCUUGAUGAUUUAAUGCUAGUCAUUUAUGUAGAUUGCAGAAAUAUCCAGAGAGGAAUGUCAUUUAGAAUAAAAUUUUAAUUGGUAGAAUAGGUUAUAUUGUGCAUGCUUUAUGUUUCCCCUCACAGGGUGGCCAGCCUCUCUAGAGCAGUGCCUACUCUUCCAGGAUGAUUCUCAAUUUUUUCUUUAUAUGGUUGAGUUGUUUGCAGAGUGGCUGGACUUACUUCAGUGAUUCAUCGAAGAGUAGGCAUGAAAAUAUAACAAUUUGAUCCAAAAAUGAUUUUAAGGCUUGCCUUCCCUACAACUGGGGAAACACAUGUUUAUUUUGUUAAGUCACAAUUUAGUUAUUAUUUGCAUGUGAUAUCUAGGAGUUUAUUUUUUUAUAUGCAAAAAACACUGGACAUCAGUUACCUUGCUUUGUUGAAACUGAACGAUACUGGUGGCCUUGCAGUAUUUGAUAUUAUGCUUUUUGUUUGUGCUGCCAUUAGUACAUCAGCAUUGUGGAGUAGUACUGAAUGGAUGGUACUCCCAACAAGUGACGUAAACUUUUUCUGAAUGUUUAAAUUAAUUAUGUACAACUUUUGAUUGUUCCUGAAGAGACCUUUCUUAUUUUGAUCUAUAUUUUUCAGGAAAGACAAAAUACCCUGCAUCUGUUCAGCUUUUACUAACAUUGCAAAGUUGCAAAGUAUUCUCUUGAAUAUGAAAUAUUUAUUUUGGUAUAGAUGUUGACUUUCUGGUAUAAAUAUAUCAGAAUCAUAUUGAUCAGCCACUAUAAUGCAUCAGAACCCUGUUGAUGUGUUAACAUCCAGUGUGCAUGGCUUAUGAGAUUAAUUUGCUGUUAAUGAUCUGAUCUGUUAAGCUAAUUUUAUUAAUCUGUUAAUUUUGACUUAACGAAAUGUCAGUUUAAUCUAUCUAUAACAUAUUCUGUUGGGAAUACUAUUAUAUAUUUGUAAACUAGGCAUUUAGUUAUGAACUUCAGCUUCAUUUAAUGCUCGGUGCCUUUUGCUUCUGCAAUGGCCAGUUCCUUAUAGUUCAUACAGUUACUAUGUAAACAUUCCUAUAGGUUUAUAUGUAAAGAUACAUGUGCAUUGACAUUCUAUCUCUUGUUCAUUCCCUUUCCAUCACUCAGCAUUUCUUAGAUUCCACCUCACUCACUUAUUCACUCAUUUCACUCUCACCCAGUUUAUACGCACAUGUAGACAUACAUGCAUACUCACUAUUUCACUCUCACUCUCUAAUACUAAUUUUUGCUCUCUUUCUCUGUUUCACAUUCACACACACACAAACACAUAUGGACACAUAUGCAUACACUCACAUUCACACACACACACACAAAUACACUCUCACUCUCAAUCUAACUCUCAAUCUCACUCUUUCAUUCUUAUUCUUUCACACUCUAACACUCAUUCUUGCUCUCUUACUUUCUCUGUCUCACAUUCACACACAUGCAAACACAUAUGGAUGCAUAUGCACACACACUCACACUCACACACACACAGCGCACACACACAGCGCGCGCGCGCGCACACACAC